AGUAUAAUAUUUGUAGAAGAAAAAGCUUUAAAACGGUGCGUAUUUAGAAUCCAUCGUUUGUUGCUGAUUUUGUUAUCUUGCAUUGCACACUUCACUCCUCUUUUCCAUCUUCACGCAGUGAGAAUGUAUAAUAAUGUCAGGCCGCAAAUGGGGAUGCCUCAAUUUCAUCCUCAACAACCUCCAUCAAGCUCACAACCUAAUGUGUUUGGAAGCUCACAACCUAAUGUGUUUGGGAAUGCAUUUAAUGCUGCUGGUUCUGGACUCAUUCGAGGUGGAUUGGGUGCUUACGGAGAAAAAAUAUUCGGGUCGAGCUCUGAGUACGUCCAAAGCAAUAUAACUCGGUAUUUCUCGGAUCCCCAAUAUUACUUCCAAGUGAAUGACCACUAUGUUAAGAACAAAUUAAAGGUUGUUUUGUUCCCAUUCCUACACCGGGGUCAUUGGACUAGAAUCACUGAACCAGUGGGAGGUAGACUCUCUUAUAAACCUCCAAUUUAUGACAUAAAUGCACCUGACUUAUACAUUCCAUUGAUGGCAUUUGGUACCUAUGUUGUUCUUGCUGGCAUUUCACUGGGUCUUCAUGGAAAGUUUAGUCCUGAAGCUUUGAACUGGUUAUUCAUCAAGGGAUUGGUUGGUUGGUUUAUGCAAACCGCGCUACUUAAAGUGACACUGCUUUCAUUAGGAAGCGGAGAAGCACCACUAUUGGACAUUGUAGCAUAUGCAGGGUAUACUUUUGCAGGCAUGUCUUUGGCUGCUCUUGGAAAAAUAAUCUCCGGUUAUUCCUACUACAUUUUGAUGCCAUGGACCUGCUUAUGCAUGGGAGUAUUCUUAGUUAAAACAAUGAAAAGAGUCCUUUUUGCAGAAGUCAGGAGUUAUGAUUCAAGCAAACACCAUUAUCUCUUGCUCUUUAUUGCCUUGGCUCAGUUUCCAUUGUUCAUAUGGCUUGGAAACAUUACUGUUAAUUGGUUCAUAUGAACUGAUUGUAUUUACACUGUGCUAUAGUAUAACCUCGAUGUUUUUUUGGUUGCGAAUUUUAGAUAAUAGUAACAUGAAUUCUCUCUC